UCUUGCUGUGUUUAGUAAAGACUGACAGUGUGACCGACUUACAGGUGGGCCUAGUCAAGUUCCUCCAGAAUGAAACUCGAGGAAGUUAUUCCCCUUGUGGGAAAUUUUGGUCGCUAUCAGUUGUUUGUGGCCUUAUACACUGGCCUUCUCUGUAUGGUGGGCUGCAUGAUCACAUUCGGUGAUAUGUUUUUCGCAGCUGAAACCGACCACUGGUGUCAGGUUCUGCCAGCGGAGAACUGUUCCAUUUGGGUAGAGUUCCAAGCCAAUUGUACAGAUGUCAAAAAGUCCAUUCUCCUACCACCACCUGAGAACGAGAACAGCAAGUAUCCUCACUCCAACUGUAAGCAAUGGGAUCUACCACCUGGGUAUGAGUUUGAUCCCUACGAGUCACUCAGCCAAGAUGCAAACUUCACAAACGAUACGGUGCUGUGUGAGGAUGGUUGGGGAUACGACACUUCGCAGUAUAAGACCACAAUCAUCUCCGAUUUUGACCUGGUGUGUGACAAGAGAAAUCUUCCCAGCCUCGCUCAGUCUAUGUACUUCCUGGGUUUUUUGGUGGGAUCAUUCGUCUGCGGCUCCCUGUCUGACUGGAUUGGUCGAAAGAAAGUAGUCUUCUUUGGACUUUUUUUCCUCGCCGCUGGCUCAAUUGUCACAGCGUUCUCCGUGAAUAUCUACAUGUACAUAGCUGCCCGUUUCUUCGCUGGUUUUGGUAACAUGGGUUUCUACAUUCCCGUGUUUGUGCUGGUCGUCGAGUUUACUGGAGGGUCAUGGCGAACAGCGGUAACCAUGGCAGUGAGCAUUCUGUACGCGUUCGGAUAUUUCUUCCUCGCAACGGCCGCAAUGUACGUCCGGGAAUGGCGGACCCUCUGUUUGAUUAUCUCACUACCGACCUUGCCUUUCUUCAUCCCCCCGUUGUUUAUGCAGGAGUCAGUAGACUGGCUGGUCUCAAAGGGUAGGACCAGAGAAGCUGAGGAUGUUGUCAGGAGAGUUGCCAAAAUCAACAAGAAGACGCUACCUGAGGUCGUGUUCAACGAUGAGGACAUCCAAGAAGAAACGAAGGAAUCAAAGUCGACCAUUCCUCCGUCUGUCAUUGACCUGUUCAAAACACCAAACAUGGCGUUCAAGACCAUCAACAUUAUGUUCAAUUGGACCGUCAACAAUUUGGUCUACUACGGACUAGCGCAGAGCACAGGUGAUCUGGGCGUGGACGAAUAUUGGGCCUUUUUCGUGUCUGGUGCUGUGGACAUCCCAAGUUUAAUUUACGCGACAUUCGGAGUCGAAUGGUUUGGUCGAAAAUGGAACCUCGUGGUACUCGAACUGGUGGCAGGUAUCGGCUGCAUAGCAACAGUGUUCAUUCCUCUGGGGAUCUGGCGGACUGUGGUAGCCAUGAUUGCUAAGUUUGGUGUUGCUGCCUCCUACGGUAUCCUGUACCUAUACACAUCAGAGCUGUUUCCAACUCCGGUUCGAAGUAUCGGUUUGGGAAUGGGUGGUGUCGCUGCCCAACUUGGAGGCAUCCUUUCCCCUAUCAUUCUGCUGUUGGGGAAGUAUGUGGAGAGCCUACCUCAGACUUUGUUCGGCUCCAGUGCGGCACUGGGGGCAAUUCUACUGCUACUCAUGCCCGAGACGAAAGGCCGACCACUCCCACAGACACUUAAGGAGGGAGAGGAAAUAGGAAAGUGCUGGUGGAUGUGUAGAAAAUCUGAUGAAGGGCCGAUCAGUUCUGAUCUUGACAACCGACUGUGUGCAGAGAGUUCCUUGUCCAAUCCAGCCUUCGAUUCCAAGGAAGCUGAUGAUCUGAAUGAAAAUUAAAUCCGAAGACGUUUGGCAGUGUCAAAGCGCUACUAGCUUGCGCCCUCAAAAAGAGGAAUUAUGCGUAAGCCCUUUGCAACAAGACCACUUCGUGUCUGGUCCAUGCACACAGACAUAAUUACAAACACAGAAAAAACAGAAGUGCUGACCGGGAGGGAAUAGAGUACCGAAGUGUGACGUCACUGUGAACCAGAAAGUGCAGUGCAAACCAAUGGAGUACGCGCGCGUGUUGGUUCACGCGCUGGUUCUCGCGCCAGUUCCUUGUACACACUCAUUGUGCGCGUGACGUAUUCACUUCGGUACUCUCAUGGUGCGUAUACCGCCUUGGACAGGGGCUCGUAGAACAUGUACACUGCGCAAAGUGCCCUUUAUUGAACCACAGAAUAGCGUGCGCUCGCGUGGCCCACGCGCAAUGCUAGUGAUGCAAUAAUGAUAAGGGCAUUUUUUGAAUUCCUCAGGAAUGAUGUGACGCACGCAUGCACACAUACGCGCAGCAGUACAUUGGCUUUGUACAAGUGGGAGUGACAGCAACAAUACUGACGUUUGACUUACUCAACUUUGACAAACAUACUCUAUUUUGUGUCAUUAAAUAAUGGAAUGUAACUUUACUUGAGAUGAUGAAUCCCAAGGAUAUAUUUCGGAUACUGUUAGCUGUCUCAAUUUGUUCGUUUUCAAACGGUAAGUAGAGCAGAUGUAGGUAUAUUCUAAUGUCACAUGUUUGCCAUGUGCUGUCCAGAUCUGUCAAAGUUCUUGCGACCCUUUGAAUCAAUGUAUCAUUGAAGAGGGCUUCGGUAAGGACUUUCGAGAGACUAAAUAUUCCUGGACAGAAAGGACCAGAUCCCAUCGAUUUUAAAAAGGAAUUAUGUCACUCUGCAGUCGGGCUUCUCUAAAAGAGAUGAGAUCCUGUUUCUGAUGCUGUAAACCGGCAUUCCAUACUUACGGGACCUUGCCAAUAAAACAUACGUAGGCCUAAGCCAGUGUCUGGUAAAAAUUGCACAACUUGAAACCUUGUAAAGAAGUUAACAGAUCCAUGUAAUAAGAUUUUAUGACUUGAAUGCAUGGGGCUUAGCUUUAUUUACAUGUUAUGACUAUUACUUCCUUUGUAGUAGUAACAGGGAAAACAUCAGUAUUUUAUAUGUAUGACCUCACGAUUUUGGUCUCCUGUGUUUUUUUUUUCAAUCUUAUUUACUCGAUUUGUGAUUUUUGCGUUUGAGAGAUUGUAAGUUUAUAUUGGGUUUUCGCCCUACACGGAUGUAUAUUUUCAGAUAAUUUUGCAUAGCCUGUCCCAAGGCAGCAUUGUUCGUCGGCUCGUGAAAAAUCACAAACGUUUUGAGUAUAAGCCUGAUAUGUCAGUGUAAAUGUUCCAAGAGCUCUCGGACAACUGAGUUUCCGGUAUUUAUAGAUAAUUAUAUAUCACAGGCCGGUUAAGGGAAAACAUACUCCAAAAUGUGUCUUCUUAUAUUAUUUAAAGUCAUUAUAAUUUUGCCUUAAACCUUUAAACUUAUCCUUCAUCGAUCGCUUGUGUGUUGGAAAUUUGAUGUUAACACACGUAUUAACGUUCGUCUUGUCAUUGUAUGUCAGUAAAGUAAUAUGUUGAAAAAUAUUUUCUGUAAGUCUCCUCUUUCUGAAUAGAAUAAUACUAUAUCCUGAAUGUUAUUACUUCUUACAUUGUUUGCGUAUACUAGGUUUUCCUAACUUUGCCCUUUUCCCUAAAACCAUGUUGUUUGUAUUUUGAAAGAAAUCAUUACUGGUAUUACUGCCCUUGCAAAGUAACCUUACGAACAAUGACAUUUUUAAAAUGUGUAAACAUAAACCAACCGUUCGGACUAAAACGAUCUAACAGUAAUUAACAUCUUUUUGCUAUUAAAAAUCCAUGGAUUUUUUGCACUGACA